AUGCCCGUGCGGCCGGCGCCCGUUCAAUGCCGGCGCGCCGUCUGCCGACACGCCGUCCCCUCCCCGGCCGCCGUCGUCCGGGUCCCCGUCGAGCCAUGCAGCCGCCGCUCGACUUCUCCACGCCGAUGCCUCAACUCGCACGCCGGCCCUCUCGAAGGCCGUCGCCGCAUGGGAAAGCGCCAUAUGACGGGGCUCAUGCCCGCCUCCUCCGUAUACCCUCCCGUCUGGCAGUUCGAUGCCCCUCCCGCCACCACCAUCCCCCGAUGGGAACCCCCGACCACGCCAUUGUACCGAAGACAGAAACACGAGCGUCUGGGCCUCUCUGGCCUUCUCAACCACUUUCUCAGCUGGCUCGACCAUUCCCAUGCAGAGAAGCCCAUGGUGCCGCCGGUGGCUAUGCAUGUUCAUGCCGUGGACAGUACCGCUCAGUACCAAGCGACCCCUGAAGCAACCUCACCGGCCUCAUCAAGCUCUUCACAAGCCAACCUCGAGUUCGUCCACCUGCGAAGCGCCAUAUGGGUGUUGGAAAACGUCGAUGAGAACAGCUUGCAACCACUGUUCAACUCCUGUGCACACUCGCUAUGGCACAAACUGCAAAGUGGAGAGUUGUCUCCCAACGCCUUAGACACCGCCGUCUUGGACCCCCUUGACUCGGCGACGAGGCAACGGAUCCCGACAGAAAACAUGGCGGACGAAAUGGUCGCCUCCUUUCGCAGCAUUGUCCUGUCGGCCCUCGAGGCUGUCCAAAGCGAGGGCGACAAGUCGGUCGAUCCGACACUGUGGCUGAGCUUCGCGCAGAGGGUUUGCGGCACCAAGGGAAGACGACAUGAUAUUCUACUCUUUGGCAAGCUGAUGCGCACCAUGCCAACUUCGCUGCGGGCGCAGGUCCCCCCCGAUCACAUAGCCGAGCUGGCUCGAGCAGUCGUGGUGGAACAUGCGACCCGCGACGACCUGGCUCACCGCUGGUCAACUCAAGCCCACAGCUUCAGCCGUGCCUUGCAGGAACUGACUACGACGCAGCGGCAGAAUCUUGACGACGACAUGAGGUGGUUUUUACUGCGGCAGGAUAGGGCAGUGAGAGAAAGGCAGAUAUUGUCCUUCUCCUGGCUGAUCAUCAAGGCUUACGAUACUCAAGCGACGACGGCAGACUUGCUCAAGACUCAUGUCGAGACAGCUCCACUAAACACUCGUGUCAGCAGUCUGAACCUGUGGCAUCUCCUGGCGGCCCGGUUCAUCGGGGCCGGAGCUGUGGAAAGCGAGCACAGCAAACUGCUGUUGGAGGCGGAAUACGAGUCCCUGGGCCAACGUUGGACGUUUCUCGUUCUUGCUCUGAUGGCCUCUCAGAAAAAGGAUGAGAGCUUGCGUGAGCUGUGCUCCUUCUUGAGUAGCAUUGGAGAGUUCGAUACCAUGGCCCAGGCCCUGACGGAACGGGCGCUCCCUGUUGUCCGCAUAGACGCCGUCCAAGCGAUAGCGAUCGCCUGCAAUGACCACAACCGGGCCCUUGCACUUCACGAUGCUCUCCUCUCCAGGGGGGGGUCAGAGCGAAUGCUGGCCUCAUGGGACUGGACCAUGUGGGUCAAAUAUGCAGAAAGAAUCAUCAAAGACCCAGCGAUGGAUUCUUGGCGCAUCUGGGACGUGCUUCACCUGAAGCGUCGCUCAAGUAAAGACAGGAGGGAUCGGGACGAGACUGCCAGCGACGUCGACGCCAAGGUUCAGCUGCUGGACCAGAUAAGCCAGUGGUUCAUGGAGGCGACACACAUCAAUGACCGUCAGCUGCUGCGAGAGCUGGAAAAGGUCAUUUACAUACAGAGGGGUUUAACGGGGACUCUGACACGGCAGUCACUGGCCCACCUCACAGACCUAUUGACACGCGACCUCUCUCGAGGCCGCAGGGGCCGGACGGAGCGGCUAGAGUGGCUGGUCCAGUUGGUUGCCCAGACACAGGGCAUGGACAAGGCAACCCGGGUGGCGUCGGCCAUCAGAGGCUGGAGGUGGACGCUUGCCCGGAGGCGCGCCGCGGAGUUGGUAAAGUAG